AUGUCGGAGAUAAAAAGAUGGACUUUAUUGUCAUUAUUGGAUCCAGAAUUUGUUAAUAAUAUAAAAGAAUGCAUCGUUUUUGGAAGUGCUGGUUGCGAGGCGCUCAUUCACACGAAAGAUGAUCAAGUUUAUGGCCUAGGCACCAAUUAUUGCUGUUGGUUGGGAGUUCCAUCUGGCUCUUUUGAACCACUAAAGAUCGAUUUGCUUUGCGGGAAACGGAUAAAGCAAUUUGCGUAUGGAUCAGGUCCUCAUUUGUUAGCUUUAUCAGAAAGCGGUGAAGUUUUUGCUUGGCGGCAUAACUCUUUUGGGCAAUUGGAACCUCAAAACUGUGUUCAAUUCAACUGU